AUUAUUUGUGUUCUCCAGGUUUCCCGCCCCUAGCAGCUCCUGCUGAUGAGGAUGGAUCUUCUGCUGCCAGCGGAGGAUCUUCUACUACUGCUGGUGCUGGAUAGUCAGCUAUUGGUGUAGGAUCUUCUCCUCCUGGUGCAGGGUAAUCUGCUGCCAGUACAGGAUCCUCAGCUGCCAGUGUGUUAUCCUCUGCUGCCUUCGUAGUAUCGUCUGCUGCCAGUGUAGGGUGGUCUGCAGUUGGAGCAGGGACUACUGCUGCCAGUGUGGUAGCUUCUGCUGGAGGUGACGUGCCUUCUUCUCGAGGUGUCCUGGACUCUUCUGUAGGUGAUCUGGUUUGUGGUGUAGGUGACCUGACAUCUGCUGUAGCUGACAUGGUCUCUGCUGCUGCGGGCGCCACGACUUCUGCUGUAGGUGACCUGUCAUUAGUUUCUGGCAACAGGGAAUUUUGUAGAUGCGUUGGCGAAAUUUUCUCAUCAGUACAUGAUUUCAUGACCUUCAGAAUUUCAGUUGUCAUUGCUUCUUUGCCCUUCCUGUUUCUGUGAAGGCCAUGUCUGGUAAAGUGACGUCUUACAGUACUAUUUGUACAAAUAAAUGUUGCGUUUGCAAAACCACUGCAGAUCUUUUCAAGACUUUUGUUCAUGGAUUCUAUUCUAUGAUUAACAGGUGAAUUUUUCGUGAGAUCAUGUCUGCGAGGUAUACUAACAAUGAAGUAAUUCACGUCAGGUGUUUUUUGCAAAGCUUCUGUGAGAGCACUCUCUGCACAUUUGUUCUUGUUCCUAUACACGUCGUUCGCACCUCCAAUUAAUACACAAUCACUACCAGGCUUUAAAAUCCUCUCGCAGUCUUUCACUACUUCCUUGAGCGGGGCACCGGGCUUGAUGAUACCUAUAACAUUGAAACUCAGUUCACUGCAACCCAUAAUUGCUGCUACCUCCCUCCCGUGACUAUCAGAUAGUAUAGUUAUGUCCCGCGUUUUUCUGGUGGGGUUUCGCCGCUGCAUUUGCUCCUGCUACGAUAACUACAGCGUUUCUUUUUGAAAAGUCGGCGCAUUCUUUGUGAGCAUCGGUCACUACAUCUACGUAUUUAUCUCCAAUAAAAAUUGGACACGAGACAUGAGUUUUAACUUAAUCGGAGAAAAUAAGGAGAAAAAUAAAAGUGGUGUGCUUGAGCCCGUACUGGUACGUCAUCUGUAAGAAUAUUGAUGAGUUGUUACUUUUUUGCCUGUUUGUAUAGUUUCCGUGGCAACAUAACUAACAGUAUCAUAUGAGUAUUUUCUGUUAUUAUUGAAUAGUAUUCCACGACUUCUUGUCUUCAAUAUAAUAUAGAAUAAUUUAGCCAUACACGAAAUAUGUGACCUCGUAUACACAGAUAAGAAACGAAACACUCCAGAACACUUAGAAUACUACGUAUUAAACUUGGUCUAGUCUUCUCGGUUUUGUUUCUUUAGCUGGUGAAGACUAUGUAUUAACUAUGGUAAUAAACGUCAGCUGGUUAUUUAUUUUGACCAUUCUGUGAGAGCACAAGCCACAGUACCACUUAACUGUGUGAAUUUAUCAGAGUACUGCUUCCAGCAAGGACACCACGCAACACCAACAUCACCGUACUAUCUCUAAUCUUAUCAUUUGAAAUCGUCCACUGUAAUCUGCCUCUGGUGCAAUAAAAUAUCGUCGUAAAAGAAGACUAGGCUUAAAAAAAUUUUUAGUCUCAUUUGCAGUCAAAAUUAUCGUUCGUGUUGUCAAGCUUUUACGUUUUUGUUGGCUACUCUGACUACUACGGCUAUCCUCAUGACUAAGUGCUGACGUAACAAAAGUAUCGAGAAGUCGAGAACAUGGCGUCAGUGCGUCGUGUUUAGUAGUAGUUCAGUUGCGUUUACUGUUCUUGUACCCAGUGUAUUUGGCGACUUUUGUAUUUUAGUUUGUGUAAUACACGUUUGAAAAGAAUACUUUCAUAAUGAGCGUUGACGCGUAUGGACCAAGUUCGCAAACGCUAACAUUUUUGGACACGGAAGAUGCUGACCUUAUCGGUGCUGAUACCCAAGGUUCUGAAUUCGAUUUUACAGAUUUUACGUUGCCUUCACAAAGUCAAACACAAGCAUCCCAGCUGGACGUUGGACACAGCCAGUCAACACAAAAUCAACUGAAUGGUGACAUUGGGGAAAAUGGUUUGGACGCAGAUAUCACAGCAACAGCAAAAGCACUGGGAGAACUUCAGUUUGAGGAAGAGGAAGAUGAAGCAUAUUACAAUAAGGACCUUCCAGAAUUUGCAUGCAAAUAUUGUGGUAUCCAUGACCCUAGUUGUGUAGUCAUGUGCAACAUAUGCAAAAAAUGGUUUUGCAAUGGACGAGGAAACACAUCUGGUUCUCAUAUAAUAAAUCAUCUUGUGCGUGCAAAACAUAAGGAAGUGACUCUACAUAAGGAUGGACCAUUAGGAGAGACGAUUCUCGAAUGCUACUCAUGUGGUGUAAGAAAUGUGUUUGUACUGGGUUUCAUACCUGCUAAAGCUGAUUCUGUAGUCGUUUUGCUCUGUCGACAACCAUGUGCUGCCCAGAAUUCUCUCAAAGACAUGAAUUGGGACCAGGAACAGUGGAAACCACUGAUUGCAGACAGAUGCUUCCUUACAUGGCUGGUGAAGAUCCCUCUGGAACAAGAGCAGUUGCGUGCAAGACAGAUAACAGCUCAGCAAAUAAAUAAGCUAGAGGAACUCUGGAAAGACAAUAUUGAUGCAACAUUCCAAGAUUUGGAGAAACCUGGUGUGGAUGAAGAACCACAACAAGUUUUAUUGAGAUAUGAAGAUGGCUAUCAAUAUCAGAAUAUAUUUGGACCUCUUGUCAAGUUGGAAGCUGAUUAUGACAAGAAACUGAAAGAGUCUCAGACACAGGAGAAUAUAGAAGUUAGAUGGGAUGUUGGCUUGAACAAAAAAAUAAUUGCAUACUUCACACUGGCAAAAACUGAUGGUGACAUGAAACUCAUGCAUGGUGAUGAACUGAGACUGCGUUACUUGGGAGAGAUGCAUAAACCGUGGUCUGGUGUUGGUCACGUCAUAAAAAUACCAGACAACUUUGGUGAAGAAGUGGGUAUUGAGUUGAAGAACAACAGUGGUGCACCAACUGAAUGUAGUUCACAUUUUGUCGUAGAUUUCAUUUGGAAGUCAACUUCAUUUGAUAGAAUGCAGCAGGCACUAAGAAAAUUUGCGAUGGAUGAUUCUUCCGUGUCUGCUUACAUUUAUCAUCGCUUACUUGGGCAUGAAGUUGAUGAAGUGUUAUUUCGUUGCCAUUUGCCUAAACAUUUUUCUGCUCCACAUCUUCCAGAUCUCAACAGAUCACAGGUGUAUGCUGUGAAGCAUGCAGUCCAGCGCCCAUUGUCGCUGAUUCAGGGACCACCAGGAACUGGCAAGACUGUAACAUCAGCAACUAUUGUUUACCAUCUAGUGAAGCAGAGUGGUGGUUCAGUACUUGUUUGUGCUCCUUCAAACAUAGCUGUUGAUCAGUUAACUGAGAAGAUUCAUCAGACGGGCCUGAAAGUUGUUCGUCUCUGUGCAAAAUCGCGUGAAGCUAUUGAUUCCCCCGUCUCCUUCCUUGCUUUGCAUAAACAGAUACGAAUUAUGGACAGCAAUACCGAACUGCAGAAGCUACAGCAGUUGAAAGAUGAGACAGGUGAACUGUCCUCCGUAGAUGAGAAAAGGUACCGCAUGCUGAAGAAAGCUGCUGAGAAAGAGCUUUUGGAGGCUGCAGAUGUUAUCUGUUGCACCUGUGUGGGUGCAGGUGACCCACGCUUACAACGCUUGAAAUUUCAUUCAAUUCUUAUUGAUGAAAGUAUGCAAGCAACAGAACCGGAGUGCAUGGUUCCAGUUGUACUAGGAGCGAAACAGCUAAUUCUUGUUGGUGAUCACUGCCAGUUGGGCCCAGUGGUUAUGUGCAAAAAAGCUGCACGUGCCGGAUUGUCGCAGUCAUUGUUUGAACGUUUGGUUGUAUUGGGGAUCCGCCCAUUCAGGCUUGAGGUGCAAUAUAGAAUGCAUCCAGAAUUAUCCAAAUUUCCUUCAAAUUUUUUCUAUGAAGGCUCACUUCAGAAUGGAGUGUGUGCAGAUGAACGUAAAUUGACAAAAAUUGAAUUUCCAUGGCCACAGCCAGACAAGCCAAUGUUUUUUUAUGUAACUCAAGGCCAAGAAGAAAUCGCAGGCUCUGGAACAUCAUAUUUAAAUCGCACAGAAGCAGCAAAUGUUGAAAAAAUUACAACAAGAUUUUUGAGGUGUGGAGUCAAGCCUGAGCAGAUUGGUGUCAUAACACCAUAUGAGGGACAACGGGCGUACUUGGUGCAGUACAUGCAGUAUCAGGGCUCAUUGCAUGCAAAGCUCUACCAGGAAAUAGAAGUUGCUAGUGUAGACGCUUUCCAGGGUAGGGAAAAGGAUCUGAUCAUCAUGUCUUGUGUGCGUUCGAAUGAACAUCAAGGAAUUGGAUUCUUAAAUGACCCAAGAAGACUGAAUGUUGCACUCACACGUGCAAAAUAUGGGAUUAUAAUCGUUGGCAACCCAAAAGUGCUAUCAAAGCAACCUUUGUGGAACCACCUGCUGAAUUUUUAUAAAGAACAGAAAGUUCUAGUUGAAGGCCCCCUAAACAAUCUAAAAGAAUCAAUGAUCCAAUUUGCAAAACCAAAGAAGAUCGUAAAUACAGCAAACCCUGGAACUCACUUCAUGUCUACAUCAAUAUAUGAUGCCCGAGAGGCAUUGGUUCCAGGAAGUGUGUAUGAUCGCACUAGCCAUUUAAAUGGCACACCAGCACCUAAUCAUUUUUUCCCUAGACCAACAAAUGGUGUACCAAUGGACUUAUACAGCCGCACUCAUGAUCCUGCAAGUUAUAUAUCCCCAGAAAGGGCUCAAGCUGCACUAGCAAAUAUUCCAGUACCGGUUGGUAUGUUCAUGAAUAUGGCACAUGUUCCACCACGAUUUUACAACCAGCAUCAGCAAGCUUUGCAAGCACGACAAAACCAGAGAAACAGAGCAGCAACGAGGAACAAAGUUAAGAACACACGCAAUUCUGUAAAAACUGGACUUAAUCAAGCAGGGCAGAGUCAGGAUGCAACACAAUCUUACAGUCAAGCUGCACCACUAACUCAAGGAAUGUCACAGGGAAUGUCGCAACCUGGAUUUAGCCUGUCACAGCCAGGACUUUCCCAGCCUGAGUUGUCACAGGACAGUUAUAUGGUGGGAGAAUUCCAGUCACAAAUGGAUGGACUCCUGUCACAGGAUUCAACCUACCAAGGAGACCGCUCAGCCUUUUUCACUGGCGGCGCUUCACAAGGAGGACAGUUCUCACAGCCAUAUUGAGCACGCGGGCGGUGGCUGGUUCGCGGAGCGUCGCGGGAGCGGCACGAAGUGACACAAACCCAAUUGAGGGGCGGACGGAGACGGUAGUAGAGUGGAACAUCCAAACAUGCAAGUGCAAGAGAGACAGCUGGGAGCUGUCAGCCGAUGUGUGGGAGAGGCAAAGAAGCUGCUGCUGCUACUGCUGCUGUUGGAGCAAUCGCUACCCACCGGAACCGGAAGCCGACCCCCGGAAAUACAACCUGAAUACUGAUCCAGAUCUGGCAAGGUUUACUGCUUGGUAAGUGCAGUGCCACAGUCUGUCAGGGAUCACAAGAAUGGGAAAUUGAAUGGUUACCAAUGCCAGCUUCUGUUUUGAAGUAUUGCCAACAAGGGUACAGCAAAUCAUAAUUUAUGUAAGUCAUGACACAUGAAACAGAAUUUUUGUAGAAGUGCCAAGAUGGCUUGUUUCUUUUUAUGAGUUUUAAAAACUCUUAUAAUAAUUCACACAUUAUAAGAAUGAGUGAGAAGGAAACAACUUGCAAAUUCUUACACAUUUCAGUUUGUUUGAAAAUUUUAUUGUGUGGGGAAAAGUUUUUGCACUCUUUACAUUUUAAUUUUCUGUUCGUGUUGAGAUGAAUGUGGGCAAAUACAUUUUAGAAAUUGCACUGGGAAUAGCAUGCUGCAACAUGCUUUCAGCGUUAUCAGUCCUCCAUGCCUGUAGGAUUUCCAUUUAUCCAUUAUUUGUAUCUUUAUCCCUAAUUUCUGGGAUGGUUAGGCAAGAGUUGCCCUCGUGGAUGUGUGUUACUGUUCCAGAGGGUGAAGCAAAAGGUGACGUUUCAAAUUCAGUUGUGAAUUAGUAUUACACAUUUAGAGAAGUCUUAACUCAGUAAUAUGAGCUUAACCUAAUGCUCAUUUCUUGAAUUUUUUUGCCGAUGUAAUAGUUUUGAGUUUAAAUAGCAAAAAUCAAUGAUUAAAUGUACUGUGGACUUUGUAACAAAUUCCUCUAAUUUGAAAAUGUAAUCUCUGCCUGUGCAGUUUAUCUUUAUUGUUAGGAUUUUAUAAUUUAUAUAGUUUGAUAUACUGACUGAAAUUAAACCCAUUUGUGUUUGUGAAAUGUCAUUAAAAAACAUGGGCAAAUAAAUCAAAUAACCAGAAUGGGAAAAAUUGAGCUUUUAUUGUUUUUUCUGUUAGUUGUUUAGAUCAUACUGCCAUCACUUUAGGUGCAAACUAAUGUUAAGUUUUUGGGAAGUGUAGUAGAAUAAAGCAAAUUUGAUUUUUGUGAACAGUGGUAUAUUUUUGAUAAACGUUGUAUUUCUGCCCUUGGUAUGGUACAAACAUGAAGUCUCACUGCUCUGCUUAAUGUAGAAAAACUUUUAUAAUGAUUUUACUUUGUUGUAAUAAUUAAAUGAAAAUGUUGGUUCUUGCAUUAGGGGCAACUGCUGGGUGACGAAUGAAAUUUCUGUUUUAAAUAUUUUAUUUUAGAAAUAUGAGAGAUUUUUAACACACACACACACACACACACACACACACACACACACACACACACACACAGAGUUAUGUAAAAUGUUGUUUUAGUUUUUAUUUCUCCAUGAAAAGAUGUCUUAGUUAGGACAGAAUCCCUGUGUAUAGAGGGUGAAAGAUUUUAAUCAGAGCUUUUGGAAUGUAGUUGCAAUGCAACACCCACAAUGUGAAAAUGAGAAAUCAAUUCCUUGCAGACUGCUAUGAAGUCUGCAGAGUGCCUUCGUCAGAGCCUCAUGUCAUACAUGCAUGUAAUUGCUUGCACGUUUAAACACAGUGUAUAAUGACUAACAUUUGUUCUGUUCUUCUUUUAGAGCUAAUAUGACCAUCUACCAUCUACCAUUUAAUUUCAUUUGUAAUCAAGAUUUCAUCAGCAGUCAUACACUGUAUGUUCACAUGUAUGACUAUAUCUCCAAGAAUAUAUGUUGCCAAAUUUUAAAAUUUGUAAUGGUUAAUAGGUUAACAUCAUUAAUGCACUUCCCUUUUUGUUGACUGUAUCAGUUACAAAAGUAGUUAGAGUUAGCAGUCAUAUAGGUAAUUGUUUCCUUUGUUUGCUGUGUUGAUAUGCCAUGAAGGAUUAGUUGUUCAAACAUUGUGGUGUGCUGUAGGUGUGUAAGGAGUUGCACAAUUACUGUGCAACAGUUGUACAGAAAUGAAAUGUUACAGGAGUGUGAUCUUUUUAUGCUCCUUAGGUCUUGGGAAAAUUUCAUGAGAUUGUGCAAAAGUGAAAAGGUUGAUGAAUAUUUAAUAUAGUAAUGGGAUUGAAUAUUUAAUUCCAUUUUCAAAUCCUCUUUCAUUCUUCCGACUUAAUAAAAACCAUUGUACCAUUAUGGCAUAUCCAUGGAAAUAGAUUUUUGUUUCUCCCUCCUCCCCUCCCCUCCUCUCUCUCUCUCUCUCUCUCUCUCUCUCUCUCUCUCUCUCUCUCUCUCUCUCUCUCUCUCUCUCUCUCUUUUAGGACUCAAUGCAUUUUGUACAAUGGGUUAAAACACUUCAGUUAUUUGCUAUAGAUACUUUGCUUAGUGGGGAAGUCUUGGAUCAUCGAAAGAUGUUUAUCCGUCCAGUGUAUUUGGCUUCCUGUUUUAGAUAUGGCUUUAUGUAUAUGGAAAUUAUUGGUAUUGUCUAAAAUUCAUUGAAUGUGGAUGUUAGUAGUAUAGCGUGAACAAAAUAUUUUUAAAACAAAUAGUGUGGUAUUGAAAUGUGACCAUAUUGUACAUGGUCUUUCCAAGUUCACUGAGAUAAUACUGUAGUACCUGAAAGUGGCCUUUUGAAAUGUAGCAGUCUUUCAGAGUUCCUUAUCAAGAAAUAGAAACAUCAUUUAUUCCAUAAAUAAAAUGUGUAUUGGAAAGACAGUUGAGAUACAAAUAUUGCUGUGUGUGGCAUUUCUUACAGUGAAUUCCAAAGUAUUGUGGUUGCAGAUUAGUCCUUUAUUGUGUAAGUUUGAAUGUGUAGGCAUUUGUGUCGUGAAAUUAGUAUUGUUUCAGACGUCUGGCCAAGAUUUAAUAAGCAAUCACCGUAGGGUACUCAUUUUGUGAACAUACCAUGAUUUCAGUUUGAAUAUGGUUGCUAAAAGGCAAUGUGUGUAUAAUAACAAAAUUUCUUUGAUCUUAGGAAUAUACAAACUGUAUGCAAUUUUCAUUUAGUUCAUUACCAAGCGGCCAUUCAAGAUGAAAAACAAUGUAUGAAUCAUUAAACAGAGCCCAGCAAAAAGAAAACGAUCACCUGCAUUCUUCCACAAAACACUAGUUUUCAGAUUUCUUCAUGUGUACAGUUGCUUACAAUCGUUUGUAAACUGCAUUACAAGAAAAAUUAUGUUGGUUUUCUAUAAUUUCCUGUUCUGUAAGGGUAUCAUUUUUUUGCAUGUAUAUGUUUGUAUGAUGUGAACUAUUAAAAAGUAUUUCGAAGCAAGUCUAUUUUAAUAAUUCAUACCAAGGGAAGAAACAGCUGAGAUUCACUGUUCUUCAUUGCACUGUCAGAUUAUCUGUAUUACAGUUAAAGUUGAAUUUGUGGUUUUAUGUAGUGUUUUCUUUUCCUCUAAAUUUUGUAGUGUAAUAGGUAUGGUGUGCAGUAAUAAGUAAAUUACAUCUUUCUUUGAUUGUAUUGCAGGUACAGUGAUUGUUUUUGUUUGAAAUUUAAUGUUGCUUUAUCACUCCCAAUGAUGGUAUCUCGUUGACACCGUAAAUGCUGUGUUCAGUAUUUAUUGGUAAUUUGAAAAGAAUUCAGAUAUUCCUUCUCAGCUGUGUACUGCUAUGAUAAAGGCAUUUUAAGUAUUUCUUAGUUGUAAUGACAUUUCAGAAUAUUAAAUUUUAUCCCGAAUAUUGUAAAAUAAGGUAAUAUACUUCCUUAUACUUGCUUAAGCGAGCUACAUAGCAGUGCACAUUUUGUAAUCUCACUGUUAAUGUUAUAAAAAAUUGUGGCAAGCAAGCAGAUUUGCACAAACUAGAGCUUCACAUUUUAUUUCUUGAAUAUUUAUGGAGUCUGUGGUACCGACAAGCAGUAGAAUUUCUCAACUGUGCAUUACUUCUCAUAGUAUUUGUGAAAUGUUACCCUCAGUUUUAUUUCUGUUUAAAGCUAGGAGUGGUUUAUGAAUAACUUUGUUGGUUGUUGUUUUAUGUAAAGUAGGAAGGAACUUUUUGGAUAAGUGACUCCAUAUAAGUCAGCUGACAUUAUCAUUUUUUUUCUUCAGCCCUUGUUUCUGGAAGUUCAAUCUUGUGGCAUGAUGUUCUUUGCAAAUAAUAGUGACAAGUAUUAUGAUUUAUUAACAAAAUGUUUUUAUGUUAAUGAAAAUGCCAGAAAUAAAUCCCUCAAAUUAUCAUAGUAGUUUACUGUGUUAAAAUCACCUUAAUGCCAUUGUGUCCGUUAGCAAUAAAGAGCUGAUAUUGUUAGA